AUGGUCUCUGCCAAGUCAGUCACUUUGUUCGGCAGCAUGCUGCUGGGCAACGUCAUGGGCGCCGACAACAUGGGCCCGGCCGCUUUCCUCUGGCCCCCAGACCGUGAGUGGUCUGCCGACGCCGACAACACGGCCCCUUGCGGAUCCACCAACGGCCCCGGUGUCCGCACCGAGUUCCCUCUCAUGAACGGCAAGCUUGCCCUUGUGACCCAGGACAUUACCCGCUCCGUCCACCUCAGUGUCUCCUACGAGAACGGUACGUGCAAAUACAACGCCCUUCUUUCUUCCACCCUCCGCCUUGGAAACAUAUACCUAACAUCCACCACACAAACAGACCCCAAGUCCGCCUCCGACUUCGAGACCUUCCUCGGCCCCAGCGAGGUCGGCAGCCUCGACCUCGGCCACACCUGCGUGACGGUCCCCAGCGCGCCAUCAGGAACCGCCGCCGGUUCCAACGCGACCUACCGCAUGCUCUACGUCUCCAACUUUGACCAGGACGAGUCCAAGCGCGAGACCUACUACGCCUGCGCCGACGUCACCUUCGUCGAGGUCUUUGCCGCCUCCAUCCCCUGCUUCAACGCUACCGUCAGCGACCCCGACGUCGACGUCGACACCACCGUCAACGUCACCACCACCGACUCGGGCGGCAACACCCCGCACACCGCUGCCGACUUCACCGCCACCGGCGAAUCCAAGAGCUCUGGUCUCUCCAAGGGCGCCAUCGCUGGUGCCGCUGUCGGUUCCAUUGCCGGUGUCUCUCUGCUCGUCCUUGCUGGAUUCUUCUUCUGGCGCAAGAAGGCUGCCAAGAAGGAAGCUGUCACUGAGCCCAUGCAGCAGCGCUGGGAUGCCGAGAAGGCUGUCAGUGACACUUCUUCCGUCAACAGCCGUCCCCAGCACUAA